AUGAGCUUCCACUUCACAGGCGCAGGCCGUACAAGAGCGCCCGUCACUCUUGGUGGGACAUCAACGCUGUCAGCAGACCCGGCAGGCAGCGCAAGGGCGCAACGUCUCGAGCGAGAGCAGCAACGGCGCAAGCAGCUCGCUUCCGUCCGCAUACAGUCGCAGACACGCCGCAUUCUUCAGUCUCGUCAGGUCAGAUCGCAAUGGCAGCAGCAGGCUCACCAGCUUCUGCAACACGUAGAGACCGAUCCCUCGGCGUCGCUGCCUCAACUCGUUUCAGGUACGAGAGCUCUGCUACUUAGCCUUGGCCCUGACUCGAGAACGCUCGAACAGUCAGAUGCAGACAACUUUGCAAGCUGGCUUCGACUCGUGUCCAGCCCGAUCAGCGAGGGCAAGCAACUAGUCUUCCUUCCGUUCGACCCAGCGUACAAGAACAACAACAUCGCCAGCAGCUGGCCUUUCUUGCUGCGCCUGGCCUGUAAACAUGCUCUACGCUUCCUCACUACAGCAGCUGCGUCCAGAGCUGAGCACGCAUACUCUCCAGCUUCGCCCUCGACUCUCGACAUGGAUCUUCUCGCCUUUCUCAGCCUCGUCACGGGCGUAAACUCGAAUUCGCCUUCCAACGCCAUCUCGCUCGACAAGCACGGCGAGACGCUAGCCUCUUCGCUUCUGUGCCUUCUUCUCGAUUUGGAUCUGCACCGAACGCUCCGCGCUCACAUUCUUUCCUUCACUCUUCAGCAAAAGACGACCGCCACCAGUCUCUCCACGGCCAUCUCGUUGUCUUUGGUCCCCAUUCACUCCUUCAAAGCUCCGUCUGCCUUGUCAGCGACUCAAGCAAGGACCAGUCAAGGCGCCUCGCUGCAGACCGCCAUUCAAGUGGAGGACGAUGCCACUUCGCACCCAGUAGACCCCUCUGCGUUCCGCAAGAAAGCAGUGCACGCUUUCGCAGUCGACAUCAUGACCAUCCCUGCCCUUCGCAAACGACUGCCUCUCAAGGCGGUCACUGAUCUCGCUGCGCAUCUGCCCUUCACCGAAUUGCUCGACUGGAUCGCUUCUCAGAAGCCGGAGAAGAUCCAAGCCUCUCCAAUGCACCCUGCGGCCAUUGUCUCGAGCAAGCAAGAGGAAGCAACUCGGGCCCUCAGACGCCCCUAUUUGCUCUCCAAUCUGCUCGCGUUCGGCUCACAACGUGUCAACCUCAUCAAAGAUGGCGCUUCUCUGACCAGGUACCUUCAGGCUCUCACAAAUGCUCAAGAUUGGCUCCCUGGCACCGACUUUGAACCGCCCAGCAGCAGCUCUGGAGCCCAGCCAACGAAUGGCAUCGGCAGCAGAACUUCUCGCGCCGCGGCCCGAUCGAACGAGGCGCCAGCUGAAGCACUCGAGACCUACGAGCGACUUCGUGUACUCAUCUCCGAUGACCACUUCAACUCGAUUCUGGCUCUUUCAAGAAAGUUUCCCACCUCCACCCGUGGGCCGCUGUUCGCCUUUAUCUGCUCAACUCUAUCUGCAUGGCCUGCUGAGAAGCAAGACUACAUUCUCAACCGUCUGCUCUAUUCCGCAGCAGACGCACAAGCUGUGGCUCAGAGCUCAAAGCAAGCACGACCUGUCGGUCCCACAGGCACAGGCCUGAUUCGAGAGUUUUGGAGGGGCUAUGUGCGUGGCAGCUCGCUCGCCCGCAACCUAGCCUCGGCGCACGACAACACGAGAGCGCGUGAGAUCUUGUCUUCGCUUUCUGAUCCGAGCACAAGCAAGGACUGGCCUGCACUGGUUCUGGUGCUCGAGAUGCUCUCCAAGGUGCUUCUCACCCUCGGCGACGACGAGUUCCUCUCGAGUGUCGACGAGGGCUUUGGAAUCAACGGCGGUGGUGGCAGGUCGAACGCAGGCUGGCUUUCUCGCGACGAGAUUCUGAGCAUCAGCGGUCUGCUGCGUAACGUCGCGUUCGCCAUGUACUGGUACGAGGGCAAAGCGCCUCUUGUCGACCUCGACGGUGGUGAUGCUGCCGAUGGCAAGGCGCAGAGUCGCACUCCUCGCGUACCUGGUAUGCGAAUGACGCUCUUGUCGCUGCGUUCGUUGGUGACGACUUUGCUCAAACAGAUGCAUUCGCGAGACUCGAGGCAUCGGUUUGCACCUGCUGAUCACUGGUUGAUGGUCAGCCAUCUGGAUCUCAACGACUUCAUGCGCAUUGUCGUGCUCGAGGAGGAGCAGCUCAGCAGCGAACAGCAGCAGCAGGAUGAGUUGCCUGCUGUCUCGGUUGGUGUCGCAACCCAGAACUCUGCAGCUAACUCUGUAGAUCCGAUGGACGAAGAUGCUUCCGAUGAUGAAGGUGCUUCCGACGACGAUGAAGAUGUCGGACAGGCGCCUCAGCCAUUGGCUCGUCUGCAACAACUGCGCGCUCAGGGCGGUGCUCGUAGCCGCCACCUCACUGCGCUCAACCUUGCCUUCCUCUCGCCACGUCUUGGCAUCUUAAACAACGUACCGUUCAUGAUCCCCUUUGAUGUCCGAGUACAAAUCUUCCGCCAGUUCGUCAACAUCGACGCGGUCAAAAACGGCAUCUAUAUGGACCGAUACCAGCGACGUCGAGCAGUCAAGAUCCGACGAGAGCAUGUCGCACAGGACGGGUUCGCCAGCCUGGCUCCCCUCGGUGCUGACAUCAAGAAGCCACUGGAGAUCAUCUUUGUCGACCAGUUCGGUCAGCCCGAGGCGGGAAUCGAUGGAGGUGGUCUGUUCAAAGAGUUCCUCACGUCGCUGGUGCGGGAGGCGUUCGACACCAACCGAGGCCUGUGGAAGGCGACCGACGCUCAGGAGCUUUACCCCAACCCGCACACGUAUGCCACCUCGGGGGAUCAGCUCGAAUGGUACGAGUUCCUAGGACGUGUGAUUGGAAAGGCGUUGUACGAAGGUAUUCUGGUGGAUGCCAAGUUUGCCGGCUUCUUCCUGUCCAAGAUGCUUGGCAAGCAGUCGUACCUCGACGAUCUGGGUUCGAUCGACACUCUGGACAAGGAGCUGUACAAGGGCCUGAUUUCGCUCAAAAACUACCAGGGAAACGUGGAGGAUCUUUCGCUCAACUUUACGGUGACGGAUGAAGAGUUCGGCGUUAGCAUGACUCGCGAACUCGUACCUGGAGGAGCCAACAUUCCGGUCACCAACCUCAACAGGAUGGAGUACAUCUUCCGCAUCUCGCACUACCGUCUCUCAACGCAGAUCCAACACCAGUGCAACGCCUUUUUCAACGGCUUGGCUGACAUCAUCAAUCCACGCUGGUUGCGCAACUUUAACCGAGAAGAGCUAUCGAUUCUGAUCUCGGGUACGGACGAUCCGGUCGACAUUGCGGACUUGCGACAGAACACGGUACUUGGCGGAUACCACGAGGCGGAUCUGACGGUGCAACACUUUUGGAAGGUGUUGGAGGAUUUCGACCAGCCGAUGCGAAAGGCGUUUCUCAAGUUUGUCACCAGCUCGCCCAAUCCGCCGCUGCUCGGCUUUAGCCAGUUGAAUCCGAGGUUCGGGAUCAGGAAGGCGGGCGACGAUAAGAGCAGGUUGCCGACGGCGAGCACUUGUGUCAACAUGUUGAAGCUGCCCGACUAUGCGGAUGAGCAGACGUGCAGGGAAAAGUUGAGGUAUGCGAUUCAGAGCGAGGCUGGAUUUGAUUUGUCGUAA